CAUAUGUCGAGACUAUGACAACAAGCAACAGAAGGAACCUUUGUUAGCACACGAAGUACCUCCAAGACCAUGGGCAAAAGUAGGAGCAGAUCUACUCAAAUUCAGGGGCCGUGAUUAUCUCAUAGUCACUGACUACUACAGUAAUUUCUGGGAGAUUGACAGACUACAAGCAACAACUUCAGAUGAUGUCAUCAGGAAAAUGAAACAACACUUCUCUCGAUAUGGCAUACUGGAAGUCCUCAUUUCUGACAACGGUACACAAUUCACAUCAAGAGAAUUUCGAUCGUUCACGAAGCAGUGGGAGAUACAGCAUGAGACUAGUAGUCCACAUCACCAUCAAUCCAAUGGCAAAGCAGAAAGCAGUGUAAAGACAGCAAAAUGACUUAUGAAAAAAGAUCUACAAGCGGGAACAGAUCCAUGGCUAGCUAUUCUUGAGUUCAGAAACACGUCAACUGAAGGACUAAAUACAAGUCCUGCACAAAGGUUAAUGAACAAAAAAACAAGAACUCUGUUGCCCACAAUAGAACAACUGUUACCAGAGGAAAUGGAGGAACAUCACAACAUAAUGGAACGGAAGAAAAGGCAAGCCAAAUAUUACAACAUGAAAGCCAGAGACCUACCGGAGCUGAAAACAAAUGAUGUGGUUCGAAUUCAACCAACUGGUAGAGACACAGUUUGGAAACCAGCCAAAAUAGAAAAAGUGCUACCAAACAGAUCAUAUUUGGUUAUCACCCCUGGAGGAACUACCUAUAGAAGAAACAGAGUGCAGCUACGAAAGACCAAGGAGGAAUUCAAACCUUCAGCAGGUAUGGAUGACCCCCCAGUCGAGAUGAUACCACAGCCAAGUCAGAAGAAGCAAACAUCUAUCGCUACACCUGUUACAAAGAAGACAGUCCCACCACAAGCACAGGCGAAAGAAUCAGGAAGAGAACAAGCAAGAGAGAAUGUAACAUCAACCACACAAUCUGGCAGAACAGUAACAAAGCCAAAGUAUCUAAGAGACUAUGUAUGCGGUAAAUAGACACUUAGCAUGCAUGGUAGUUUGUUUUUGUUUUUGUUUAUGUUUUUUUCCAUAAACAAAAAGGGAUGUAUGUGGUAACCCAAUUAGCGUACUAUAUAAACGUAGUGUGUUGAUUGUAAUAGAGACUUCUUAA